AUGAGAGCAAAGACAGACGGAGAGUGAGAGGAGGAGAAUGGAGAGCAUGAACCUGCGUAUGAAUCAAAACUGAGACACCAAGGCUGGGUAUAAUACCUGCAAUUUCUGGACUGAACUCAUUGACACAGAUCUUAAGCUACUUGGUGGUAAAGAGAGAAGGAACCAUGGGGUCUGGAUCAUGGAGCGUAUUUAUUCUGGUUGGUCUGUCGUUUUGCGGCAACAGCCAAGCCCUCACAAAGAACCCCAUCCUGUCCCGGAUACGAAGGGCUCCAGAGGCCAAUGGGGAAAGCAAGAAGUGCUCCUACACCUUCCUGGUUCCUGAGCAGAAGAUCACAGGACCCAUAUGUGCCGCCCGCGGUUACUCUACCGACAAGGAUCGAGUGACACGCCUGGAUGUGGCUGGAGUGCGGGACCUCAUGUCGAAGCAGCGUAGGGAGACGGAAACUUUGAAGCUGGUGGUGGAUGUGGACGGCAACUUGGUGAAUGAAAUGAAGCUGUUGAGGAAAGAGAGCAGGAACAUGAACUCCAGAGUGACCCAGCUGUACAUGCAGCUGCUUCACGAGAUCAUCAGGAAGAGGGACAACUCGCUGGAGCUGGCGCAGCUGGAGACGCGCAUCCUCAAUGCCACCUCAGAGUCACUGCGCCUGGCAUCCCGGUACAAAGAGCUGGAGUCCAAAUACGCAGCCCUGUCUGCUGUAGUGAACAACCAGUCAGUGCUGAUUGGGGCACUUGAGGAGCGAUGCAUGCAGGUGUACAGCCGCAGGCAUGACCAGACACCCUUGGGACCUCCACUUGUGCAGGUGGUGCCUGAGAACAUUCCUGUUAGUGUGCCACGUUUCACCAAUGAGAUCCAGAGGGACAACAACCGAGGCUUUGCCCGAGAAAGGGGCUCUCGCUCUGGGCCGUCACCCACGAGCGGCACCCUGGAAGUUCAGAAACCUUCACCUGGAAACUUCAGUGCUGAAGGUCCUUUCAGAGACUGUCUCGACGCGCAGGAAGCUGGCCACAGCACCAGCGGCAUGUACCUGAUCAGACCAGACGAAGCAGAAAGGCCAGUGCAGGCUUGGUGUGAACAGGACAUCGACAACGGCGGCUGGACCGUUAUCCAGAGCAGGCGAGACGGCUCCAUUAACUUCUUCAGGAACUGGGAUAGCUACAAGAGCGGCUUUGGCAACAUAGACGGGGAAUACUGGCUCGGCCUGGAGGGCAUCUACAACCUGGGGAGGCAGGGGGACUACAAGCUGCUUGUGGAGCUGGAGGACUGGAUGGACAAGAAGGUGUACGCUCAGUACAGCAGCUUCCAUCUAGAACCUGAGAGCGAGGGAUACCGUCUGCGACUGGGCACCUACCAGGGCAACGCCGGGGACUCCAUGAGCAGCGACAACGGCAAACAGUUCACUACUCUGGAUCGAGACAAGGACGCCUACUCAGGUAACUGUGCCCAUUUCCAUAAAGGAGGCUGGUGGUACAACGCUUGCGGUCAAGCCAAUCUGAACGGUGUCUGGUACACCGGAGGCGUUUACCGCAGCAAAUUCCAAGAUGGGAUUUUCUGGGCCGACUAUGGUGGAGGCUUCUACUCUAUGAAGGCUGUCCGUAUGCUGAUCAGGCCCAUAGACUGAGGAGAUAUUUGAAGCAAGGCUGAACCAGGGGCAACUGUGGAGGCCAGGGAGAAACAUUGUGACUGGAUAAGUCAUCAGCAACUGGUUCAUCCUAGAUAAAAGAACUUCCCCAAUGGAGACAACCAAUCAUCAGUAGUGACUUGAACUGCCUUCUGUAACAGACAUGGACUGUUCACUUAUAUAUGGUAAUAGAUGCACAAAAAGAGGGAUUUAGGGGGCAUUUCUAUUUAUAGUAAGCCAUACUGCUACUUUUACCAACAAAUAUGUUGGUGCAGGCAAAUUAAGUAUAAUUUCGGAAGAUGUACAGCCAAAUAAUGCAAUCUGUCUAUCUGUUUAUGAGACUGCAGUGUUUUCCUCAUUACUGGGUCACCCCGUGGAGACGAGGUGCCACAUCCUUACAGAACCUUGAUAUUGAUUUAAUUCAUAAGCUUUAGCCUCACAGGAUCUAAAAGCAGCUUUUCCUACCUUGCCAAGAUAAACAUGUGGAGGGAACACUCAUACAUGGUAUAUAACUUGUGCUAUAGUUGCUGGGAGCUGGAAAAUACAUCUUGUUAAUACAGAUAUGUAUACUCUGUAUCCACUUCCAAAUCUAAAAAAGGCCAGCACCUUAAAGAGAUUGAGAAGGAAUGUGGUUUAAAUACAUCUUUUUGUAUACACUUGAUUACAAAAACAGCCUGGUUUAAUUUUUUUCUCCCUACACUUAAAACAACCUUAAUACUCUAUGUUAAACUACUUUGUCCAAGUGCAGAUGACCAGAAAUGAUCAUUUAUGUGUACAAUUAACUUAUCAUAACAGGGAAAAGGGCCAGGUGUCCUGAGGGAACAGUAAAUGAUCCUAUAGAGAAAAUAACUAAUUCCCUAACUGUAUAAAUGACAAUCAUUCCUAAAGUGAGCUUGCACGUAUGGAAAUUGCUGUUAUGUGUUUUUCUCAUUUGGCUGUUGAUGUAAUUUCAGUAUGAUUCUGGGAAAAAUGAUCAUUGUUGAUGAAAAAAAAGAAAAAUGGAAUAGCG